AUGAGGAGCGUGCUGGUUCUCACUUUUCUGCCUGGUGCAAGAGUCAUACUAUAUGUUGCUAAACUUGUCCCAGCCUGUGGAUGUGGCCUUCCCACUGUCCCUCCUGUCCUCAGCAGAGUGGUGGCAGGAGAGGACGUCAGGCCUCACAGCUGGCCCUGGCAGAUCUCACUCCAGUCAGACAGCAGUGGGCGCUGGAGGCACGUCUGUGGAGGCACCCUCAUCUCCUCUGACUGGGUCCUCACCGCCGCACACUGCAUUAAUGACCGCUACAACUACAGAGUGGAGCUGGGCAAACACAGCCUGAAGACGAGUGAGGAGGGCUCAGCGGCUCGGAAGGCAGAGACAAUCAUCACUCAUGAAGAUUACAACAUCCUGCUUAGUCGUAACGACAUUGCCCUUCUCAAGCUGUCUUCUCCUGUCACCUUCUCUGACACAAUCAUGCCUGCCUGCCUCCCAGAGCGGGCCGUCAUCCUGCCCCACGGUGCUCCUUGCUAUGUCACCGGCUGGGGUCGACUCUCCACCAACGGUCCUGCGGCUGACAUCCUGCAGCAGGCUUUCCUGCCUGUGGUUGGCCAUGACACCUGCUCACAGCCUGACUGGUGGAGCGUCCUGGCGACAGACAAGAUGGUCUGUGCCGGAGGCGAUGGCAUCACUGCUGGGUGUAAUGGAGACUCUGGUGGGCCCCUGAAUUGUCAGAACCCUGAUGGCUCCUGGGACGUCCACGGUGUGGUGAGCUUCGGUUCUGGUCAGGGCUGCAAUGUCCUCCAGAAGCCCACUGUCUUUACACAAGUCAGCUCCUACCUCGAGUGGGUGAACACAGUAUUGACCACCUACUGA